UAUCUCUUUUGUGAAUGAAUUGAAAAAAAACACUUCAUUAACAUAAAUUAUUUGUACAUCGUCGCUUCAAUCAAAUUAACCUCAUUUGAUUCAUCUUCAUAUGAACCAUAAUUAUGUCUCUACAACUUCGAACAAACGACUACAACUUCGCCACCCGAUCAUGAUCUUACCACCGGCACCUCCGUGGAGCUGUUGCUAGGCUCGAUCUCCAAAAAUUUCUAUAUUUUAGUAUUGAAGCUAUCUUAUCUCGGUGGAUCGUAUCAGUAAGACUAAACUCAUCUCUAAGAUGAACUUUCUAGAAGUGGUGGUCCAGGUAGAAAACCGUGGCACCACUGCUGUCUAUCUUAAGGAGAGUUUCCUUCAUGCACUUCCAGGACGAUACGGACUUGUGAUCCGAAUCGCCCCGUUGAGCACAAAGGUUAUCGCGGCGCAUACCUUCUUUGCCCGCAAUAAGUCCUUUGGUAGGCCCUCUACCGUUGAGGUUCAUAUAAACGGGAAAUUUAUUCAGCGAUUGACUCCACAGACGUUCGUAUAUUUCCCAAAGAUCAUCGUCGUUGACAAUGGUUUUACUGAUGGAGACGGAUCAAUCAUCCGUGUGAUUCAUCCCCAACCAUCUCUUCAGCUCUCUCGUCUAAGGGUUUUCAACUUUCUUGCUAUGGGAUUCAAAGAAAGAAAGGAGGUGUGGAUUGUGAAGAAGUAAUAGGACUCAGUCACAUGCAGGCUGUGGCUGAAAAAUGAAACAGCAUUUUGUUUCUUAAUUAUUGUUAUGGAGGAUGUGUGCGCUUCUUUUUAAUUUCUUCAUUUGUUUUAUGAUAAACAAUACAGGUGGUUUUCGUCUGUUUUGAAUUUUUUUAAAACCGCAAGUCUUGGAUUUGUUCUUUUACAAUUUGCUCGGAUCAUUGUUAUCUAUUGUUUCAUGAUGUAUAGUAUUGUAUUGUACUUACUGUAUGGUAGAUAUAAUGUUUGGAUAGAUUAUAUUGUUUGCGGUUGUUUAAUACUA